AACUCCAGCGGUUCUUCUGUAAUCUCUGUCUCUCUCUCUCUCUCUAUAGAGGAUGAGAUUAAGUUUUCAUGUGUCAAGAAAUCAAGAAUGAAAAGAUAAAUCAGACUUGGCUUUGUCUUUUUCACUUUUCUGAGUUCUUUCUACCCUCAUUUCUUGGAUCAGAGAUGCCAAUAUGUCAAGAAGGAAGGGGAAAUAACCAGACAGCAAGAACCCAUCAUCAAGAUUAGAAGUGAGAAGGAAAGAAAGAGCAAGAGGAGUGAAGUAGUCUCCUCUUGGGUCGAAUGGAAGGAUUAGAAGGGAUAAUACAGAGGUUGUUGGAAGGAAGGAAUAACAGAGGUAAACGCAUUCAGCUUACUGAGCCUGAAAUUCGAAACCUUUGUCUCGCUGCCAAGCAAGUCUUCCUCGCCCAGCCUGUUUUUCUUGAACUAGAAGCUCCCAUCAACAUCUGUGGAGACGUACACGGCCAAUAUCCAGAUCUCUUGCGACUGUUUGAAUAUGGUGGGUUUCCACCAGAUUCCAACUACCUCUUUCUUGGAGAUUAUGUGGAUAGAGGAAAGCAAAGUAUAGAAACUAUAUGUCUUCUCCUAGCUUACAAGAUAAAGUUCCCAGACAACUUUUUCCUCCUCCGAGGGAAUCAUGAAUGUGCUUCUAUCAACAGAAUAUAUGGCUUUUAUGAUGAGUGCAAGCGCCGUUUCAGCAUCCGUCUGUGGAAAACUUUUACUGAAUGCUUCAAUUGUUUACCUGUAGCAGCAGUGGUCGAUUACAAAAUUCUAUGCAUGCAUGGUGGACUCUCACCAGAAAUGGACAGCUUGGAUCAGAUCAGAGCAAUAGAAAGGCCAGUGGAUGUGCCUGACCAGGGCCUUCUAUGUGAUCUCCUAUGGGCUGAUCCUGAUAAAGACAUCAAAGGGUGGGGUGAGAAUGAUAGGGGUAUCUCCUAUACCUUUGGAGUUGAUAAAGUAGCUGAAUUCUUGAAGAAACAUGAUCUUGAUCUCAUAUGCCGAGCUCACCAGGUAGUUGAAGAUGGAUAUGAAUUCUUUGCAGACAGACAGUUGGUUACUAUAUUCUCAGCACCAAACUACUGUGGAGAGUUUAACAAUGCAGGUGCACUCAUGUGCGUCAAUGAAAGUUUGCUCUGCUCAUUUCAGAUUCUCAAGCCCUGGAAAGGAAAAGCAGAAAAACUGGAAUAGUUCCUGUGCGAGAGGGAAGCACCUCUUCUCCACCGUAGUCAAAUUAGCUAGUGCUCUGUCUCUUUUGACAUGUACAAUAUUCAUCUUCCAAUUCAAAAUAAGCCUCUGUAUCAUAGGUUACUUCAUGUAAUCGAGAUGAUUUUAGAAAGAAAGCUGUGUAGUGUAUAUAAUCCCUUAUAUGUGCAACUGUUGGUUUGUACCUUUGAAACAAACAAGUGGGUGCAUAUUCCCUAUA